CACAGCAGCCAUUCUAAGGGUGAUGUAAUGCAGUCAAGUCAAAGUCACUCAACCGUGACAGAUAUUUUUUAUCUUAUAUUUUCGUGACAAGAAUAAAAGAAACAUACUGCUGAUGUUCUGUUCUUAACAAGAUGACAAGGUUGUGGCUUGCUUCAGCGACUCUGCUUUGCUUCGCGGUCACGGUCCUGAAGUGUGAAAAGCUAAACAGUUACGAACCAGGAAGACCAGCCAGAAGUGUACCAGCUUUGCAACAAAUCUCUCGUCUGGAUGAUCUUAGGAGUCAAAUCGCAAAGCCCAACAAGGGACAAGAAAAAAAGGGUAAAAAUAAUAAAGUUAAUGAUCACAGUGAUGAUGACAAAAAGGGAGACAAUAAACAAGAAGUUAAAAUCGAUGAUAGAAAGGAAGACAAAAAUGAAGCAAAAAAAGUUAUCAAAGAAGAUAAACACGAAGAGCUGAAGAGUAAACAAGAGAAGCAAGAUGACAAACAAGAAAAUAAAAAUGAGGACAAAAGUGAUAGAACAGAUGAUAAAAGCAAAGACAAAUCAGAGAAAAGCGAUGACAAAAAAGAAGAAAAUGCCAAAGACAAACACGAAGAGAGCGACGUCAAUGACAAGAUGAAAGAUGAGAAAAAGAAAGACAGUAAAAAUUCCGCUGGCAUACCCAAGAAAGACAAAGCCAAACCGAGCCUUAAAAAGCACCAGGAUAACCCAGCGACCACUCCAGCUAAAAAGCCUGCGCCAGUCGCAAGACCUCCCAUGCCCCCACGAACUGCCUAUCCGCAACCAGGUUACCAAUCUUAUCAGCAACCUUACAAAGCGUUUCAGUCCCCAAUGUCUCCUAUGUCUGCCACAGGUGGAGCAUGUUUGGCGCAAUGCUGGAAGAAAUGCACACCCAUCUGUAUUCAGCACAGGUGUUGCUUACCUGGAAUGAACUAUUAUCCAAUGCCUGUUCCUCCACCUCCCCCUAUUUAUCGUCCACCCCCACCCCCUUCUCCCCCAGUUUACCCUCAAAUGACCUGCCAGCCUUCUUGUGCUCCGGCCUGCUGCAUGCCACCGAUACCUGCUCCUCCUCCUCCUCCUCCUCCGCCGCCACCGCCACCGCCCCCUCCUCCACCUCCACCACCACCUCCUCCGCCAAGACCAGUCAUGCCCCUUCCCAAUCCAUCAUGUAACCCAGUGUGUGCUCCUCAAUGCUGCCUGCCAAUAUCAUACCCAGCACCUCAUCCUGCACCGAUGCCUUACCCCGCCCCUUCGCCCCCAACUGUAAUGACCAUGGGAUGUUCAUAUCCUGGUUAUCCUGGAUAUCCUUGCGUAAGCAGUCCUGGAACAGUAUCACCCGUAGUGACUCCGAAACCUGCCACACCAAAGAAACUUUGUAAGCCGAUCUGUCUCAAGUUCUGUCUGACUGUCUGCCCUCAGGAUUGCUGCAGUGCUAAGGUGACCGGCGUGCAAGUUGUCAAACCGUCAUCUUCCGUUACUGCAGUAGCUACACCAUCCACUUCUUCAUGCCCAGCGAGCUGUACUCAAAUUUGUGCAACUCCGUGUCCUCAGAGCUGUUGCUCAUCCACGGGCAAACCCGCCAGCACAGCAGCACCAGGCUCCACUAAGCCAGCUUCUUCCACAGUCACAGCCCGGCCAACGUCAGCUGUCCCAACGUCAAAGAAACCAAAGCCUGUUUCGUGCCUGGCGCCUGCCUGUUCCCCUCAGACGUGCUUGCCACCGUGUCCCAAACCAUGCUGUACUAAGAAACGCUUUCAUGAUAUGGAACUAGUUGCUGGAUGUCCUCGUGUGUGCUUUUCGAGCUGUAAACAAGUGUGUCCCAGGCGCUGCUGUGGUCCUCAUCCACCAAUCAAAGCUGCCGUCGACCAGAGGCCCAAAAUCAAUGACAUCCCUCAGUCCCCAAGGUGCCCAAAGAUCUGUGCUGAUGUAUGCGCUCUAGAGUGUCCCCACAGGUGCUGCGGCCCCGGCUCCAUGAGGAGGUCCUUUAUCUCAAGACCGUUACCUCGUUUGGCUUACAUGAAAAAUCAGUAUGCAUAUAAUCAGAAAAGAUACCAAGUACCUGUGUCACGAUACAAUAAUCUGCGACGGUUUGGACUGAAGAAGAAACGAAACACCACCCACCAACAGACAUAGAUUGCUGGCUUGCCUGAAGUGAACCUCAGUGGUACGGUUUGAAGAUGGCUUUGGCUAAGGGAACAAAGAGAAGAGAAAGAACCUGGACAGAAAAAGGUGUAAAGUUCAUUGACUGAAAAGACAGUGGAAGAGGUCUUGUACAAUGACUUUAUAUGCGGAUACGACCACUUCUGCUGAGAUUGGUUUCUAGGGAUAAGGAAAUAUCUUGGGGAUACAGAGUAAUGACAAUUUUCUUACUAAUUUUGGAUUAUAGCAUUGUUAGAUAUUAUAAUAAUAUAACACCAGCCAUACAUAUAUUAUGCUAUCUUGGGGUAUAGGCUUUAUCAAGCACUUAUCGCGUCAUAUAUUAUUACGAAGCAUAUAUUAUGCCAUACAUAUAUUUCACUAAUGUCUACAUGUUUUCUCGUGUACACACUUAAAUGGUUCGUGUAAGAAGCGUUUACUUUAAUUGCUAACGUUGGUUUGCAGCAAACUGUAACAAUUUUUGUUUUUCUGGCUCGUUUAAAAACAGUUAGAAUUGACGGGCAACCUGGGGAAAAAGAGACACAUCAAAUUCACACUUUGAAGUAGACGUAGCUACGCUUCAGACUGUAAAUUAAUGCAGAGAGAAAUCAAAUAUUAAAGAUGGUAUUUUUCAGUUGA